AUGACUGACCCCGAUUACAAUGCCCAUCUGCAAACCAUCUACCCUGGCACGCAAUGGACGAUAUCGCGGUUCUCCCACGGCUCCAUAAAUGCUACUCACCGCGCCGUCAAAACAGCUGGUGGAGCUGGGCCGUCCUCGCUCGUGCUGAAGCAUGCCUCGCCUUACUUUGUGGACGACGACACGGGCAGGGUGCAGCCCUUUUCCAUCAAACGACAGGAAAUUGAAGCGGCCAUCAUGACGUCGUCUGCCGGCAUCAUGCAGCCUGCCGAUGGCAGCAUUCCGACUUGGAGAUUGCCACACUUCUUGCACCGCUCGGAGGGAAAAGAGUCUGAGCUGCUGCGCACCGAGAAAGAUGAGGUUGCGUCUGUCAUGCUCAUCGAAGAUCUCGGCAAUGUUCGCAACCUCCGAGACACCAUCCUGGCAUUCGCCGAAGAGCCUUCUCUUAAUGUCGACAAACUGGUUGCCAAUAUCGGCUGUAUUCUCGGCACCACACUUGCGACAAUGCACAGCGCCGCAACGGCACGCGCGAUCGAGAACAGUGGCGUUAAGGAAGCACUCUCUCAGCAACUGACUGAUGACGUCGUGUGGUUUCUCGCCAUGGAGCUGCUGCCAGACUACCUUGCCGGCGCGCCACGAGCGAAGGAGUACUUCCAAUGGCUCGUAGACGACAUGCAGCGCCCCCGGCACGCAUAUCCCCCGUGCCUGAUGCACGGCGACUUCAACUACGGCAACAUCCUCAUGCCCGCCGACGCGCUCGAAACGGGAAACAGCCAGCCCAUUGUCGUCGACUGGGAGUUUGCCACCAGCCAAGGUCGCGGCGUCAACGGCGACAUUUCCGAGUUUCUCUCCAUGAUCCACUGCCGCAUCAUCGGUGGCCGCCGCGAGCAAGCGGCGCCGAGUAGUGCCAGGCUCUUCCGGCAGCUGUGCGCCAGCUUCUGCUCUGCGUAUCGCGAAGAAGCGCAGCUUGUGUGCACAAUGAAGCCAGACGACUUGAACACGCAGCUGUAUCGCUCAGCGCUGCUGCUGAGCGGACGUGAUAUCCUCACAUUUGCCAACGAUGCGUGCGCUGACUAUGCGAAUUUCGAGGAGCUGGUUCGGGUUGGGCUGUGGUAUUUUGAGCGCGCAGGUGCUUGCAUGGAAGAGUUUGUCAAAGAGUCGAAUUGCGUAGAGCUUGAGAAAGAAGACGAAGGCUUUAUUAGGUCGCUGUUCAUCUUUGUAUAA